UGUCAAAAGAGAAUAGUCAAAUGCUGUUCCAGGGGCGUUCUUUGAAGAAUUUUGUAGACUUUAGAUAGCGCAAUUCUAAAUACGCACCUGAAAUUGGACAAUUCGCUUAGAAUCAACCAGAUUCGCAAUCACCAUGGUCAAAAUGCCUCGUAUCAAAUGGGUCCAGGUUUCUCCCAAAGAUGCCCUUUGUUCAAUAGUGACUGAGAAUCGUUACCAGAUGCUCACGGAGCGCGAGGCUUUCGAUUCAGAAUAAGCGUAGUGGUGCGUUAUAUCCAAUAAGAGCAAAGACAGUAGUAACAGUUGCGUGACUGAUCUGUCUUUCAUUGGAUGGUAAUUUUUUUUCGUGCUAUCUGAAUCGGGUGCCUGGAGAAUUUUGUAUUGAUCAAGUCUUACUAGAAUCAUUUUCACAAAAAGAUGGACAGAGUUGAAGAAGAAGAAGUUGAAAGUAGUAAAUUCCGUUAUCUUGUUUGUGGAUUUGCAUUUUUGAUUCAAUUCACAGGAUAUGGCUUCAACCGUACAUUUGGGUCCAUUUAUGUAUCAAUGCAGAAAGAAUUUGACGCGAGCAAUGCUUCGAUAGCACUAGCGAGUUCAUUACCGGCAUCUUUGCUGUUCAUGUUAUCAACUGUCGCAGUCGUUAUUUUGGAUCGGAUAGGCUUUCGCCUUUCAAUGCUACUUGGAGGCAUAUUGAUAGGCGUCGCCCUUCUGGUGUCAUCGUUCACUUCAAAUAUCCUCAUCAUCUACUUGACGCUUGGAGUUGUUUUCGCAUUUGGUCAGAGUUUGUGUUAUUACGGGUCUUUGCUAAUUUUGCCAUUGUACUUCAAGAAGACAUUGCCACUCGCCCAUAGUAUAGCCAUAUCUGGGAACAGUGUUGGUGGCUUAGCUUUGGCGCCUAUCGUUGGUUUCGUCUUGAAACAAUAUGGCUUCGGUGGAGGAAUGCGGCUGUGCAGCGCCGUUGCCUUGUUCAUUAUUGCAAUGUCGGUAGUGUUUAAGAGGCCUGGGGAGAGCUUUUGGUUCAACGGAUUGAUUUGUGAAGAGAAUGAAAGGCAAAGCGACAAUGAAUCUGAACCUGAGAACAUACCUCUGCAUAAGAACAAAGCAUUUGUGAUUUAUGUUGUGUCGACCAUGUGUUGCAAAUUUGGAGUUUACAUAAACUAUGUGCAUAUAGUACGUUUGGCUCUUGACCGGGCAGUGCCUUACACUGAAGCUACAUUCUUACCCGGCCUAGCUUCGAUCGCACAGUUCUUUGGCAAAAUAGCUUUUGGCAAGCUAUCAGCCAUGAAAGUGGCGAGCAAUUUGGCUUUGUGUCAGAUUUCGUCCGCUUUUAUGGGAGUAUUAAUGUUUUUGCCAUUUCUUAAAUGGUUUUUUGGCCUAGCCAUAAUCUCGUUUGUUUUUGGCUUUGCCCAAGGAAUGUUUAGUGCCUCUAAUUUAAUUAUUGUCAAGGAAAUUGUAGGAACGCAGCAAUUUAAAAGAGGAUACAUUAUCAGUCAAUUCUUCACAGGGAUUGCUACCUUUUGUGGCCCCCCAGUUGCAGGUUAUUUGUAUACUGUCACUGGCAACUAUAUACUCGUUUUUCUCAUUGCUGGAGGAUGUGCUGUUAUGGGAAUGCUUCUGAUGUUCCUCGUGCGAUUUUUUCAUGCUCAAAACAUAGAGGAAAAUGAAUCUCCUCAAACUGUUGAAGCUGUUAAUGUAAUAGAAGUAAUAGUUAAUAAUCAUACUUAA